AUGAAACAACUUGUCCUUUUACAUAUUGUUUAUCAAUAUGAACGAAAUUAUAAUAUUUCUCAAGAACGAUAUUGUCAUAUACAAGGAUUUUUAUGUCUAAAGAAAAAAACUAAAUUUGGUCAUUAUAAACCGUCAACUGAUGAAAAAAAGAAUAAAAUAAAUGGUAUAAAAGGUUUUCUAAAGAUUGAUAAAAUACAUUUUGAACCAGUUGGGAGUGAGCCUGACUCUAUACGCUACUGUAAAAAAACUUAUAAUAAAUGUUCUAUUCAUAAUCGAAAAGAAGUUGAACAUGACGUAGAAUGUUUUUCUGAAUAUGAAUUUAUUAGAAAUACAAUAUCAACUUCCAAUAAAAAACGAAAUGUUGUUCUUAACAUAUAUUGGCUAGAUAUGAUGAAAAUUCGGGGGCCAUACGAAUAUUCGAUUCAAGAAAAUAAAAGGAUUCGAAAUAAGACAGAAAAGAAUCAAUCUCAAGAACAAUUAUUAAAAGAUGCACAAGAAUGUAUGAAUGAUAUUCUUUCAUAUGUUAUCAAAUAUAACAAACAUAAUUCUAAAGAAAAAUUUGAUAUGCUGCAACAUUCUUCACAUAUUCCUUUUAACGAAUUUUUUAUUUGUAAAUGUGGAUUAGAUAAAACAAAUUGGCAAAAAGAAGUAUAUCAACGAGAGUUUCAACCUCAUCUAUGGCAUUAUGAUAAACGUCAUCAGAGAUCUUCUUGUCCAUUUCGACGCAGAUGUGAUUAUUUUAAGCUUCUUCAAUCUGUCAACAAAUCUCUUUCUAAGAACGAACGUUUAAUCAACAUGAAUAAAAAAGGUUCUUUGAUGAAAAUUAAAAAGAUAUUUCGUAAUAUAAAAUUAGAUUACGAUAUAUAUCUUUGGGUUAAAAAUCUUAACGAUACGACAUCAACCAUCUAUAAACAAGAAAAUGAAUUACUUCAAAAUUUCAAGAAAUCUAUCUUUAAACGAGCAAAAAAAAAGAAAAUAAACAUGUUCAAAAUUAAACCAAUUGUCGAAUCACGUUUAAUUGUUCUUAAUUAA